UGCUUAUAUUGCUAAAACCUCAACGACACACAAGUCUCAGUUCCAUUUUCAAGACACAUCAUUAUCACAUUUCUCCAAGCCCUUUCUUGUCAUUUCCCCCUUGUACCCCCUUUCUCACUCCCUCUCCACCAUCACCACCACCACCAAGCAACUGAUCACAGCACCGUGUCUUCCAAAAACGCUGUAAAGUUUCAAGCUUUGAGCAAAUGGGUACCCGGAUUCAGUCUCACCAGCUCAAAAGCGGGUUGGUAGUGUCGGGUCGACCUGGACAGCAACAAAAAGAGAAACAACCCACCAUGGCAUCACGAGCCGUUCCUUAUACAGGCGGUGACAUUAAGAAAUCUGGUGAGUUGGGGAAAAUGUUUGACAUCCCGGCGGCGGCAGACCCUCCAAAGCAACCACCUUCACGUGCUUCUACUUCUUCAAGCGGAUCCAUGAGGAACUCUUCUUCAGGUCCCAUGAGAAAUUCUUCAGGUCCCCUGAACGUCGUCCUGCCGACAGGGCUUUUCACUUCUGGCCCACUUGGUUCCGGACCACUUGGUUCCGGCCCACUGGGCUCAGGUUCACAAAAGAGAUCUGGUCAGCUUGACAACAGUGCUGUCGGUUCUGGAACGGGACCCGGAUCAAGCAAGGCACUUUACGGGUCAGCGGUGACGAGCUUGGCUGAUGAUGUGAAGGUGGGGCUAAGGGUAUCUAGGCCAGUGGUGUGGGUGGUGAUGGUGGUGGUUUUGAUGGGGUUGCUUGUUGGUGCUUUUUUGAUGGUUGCAGUUAAAAAAGCUGUGAUCUUGGUGGCUGUUGGGGCUGUUUUGGUGCCUUUAUUUGUGGGGUUGAUUUGGAAUUGUGCAUGGGGAAGGAGAGGGUUGUUAGGGUUUGUGAGGAGGUACCCUGAUACUGAGCUUAGAGGUGCUAUUGAUGGACAGUAUGUCAAAGUUACUGGGGUUGUCACCUGUGGCAGUAUACCUUUGGAGUCAUCUUACCAGAGGGUAUCCAGAUGUGUAUAUGUUUCAUCAGAGUUGUAUGAAUAUAGAGGGUUGGGUGGAAAGUCUGCCCAUGCAAAGCACUGUUUUGUCUCAUGGGGUUUGAGACAUUCAGAGAAGUUUGUCGCUGAUUUUUACGUAUCAGAUUUCCAAUCUGGGCUAAGAGCACUAGUAAAGGCGGGCUAUGGAGCUAAGGUUGCCCCAUUUGUCAAGCCAGCUACAGUGGUGGAUGUAAAAAAGGAGAACAAAGAUAUGUCUCCCAGCUUUUUACGCUGGUUAGCUGAUCGCAACCUCUCAAGUGAUGACCGGAUCAUGCGUCUCAAAGAAGGGUAUGGCUUAAGAAAAGUGUUCAGCAAACUGAUUCCUUGAUUCCAUGGCAGUUGUAGUAAGUUUUCUGAGUUGCAUGCUUCUGAGAAAUGCUUGCAUCGAUGCCAGGUAUAUCUAGGGAGCACUGUUAGCGUGAUGGGUGUUGUUCGACGACAUGAUAAUUUGCUGAUGAUCGGUCCACCACAAGAGCUUCUCAACAGGUUGUCAGCGGUUCCCAUGCCUCCUUCCAGCCCAAGUUGAAGUCCUCGUUUUGACAUGUGAUGAUAAUCAAUGUGCUGAUGCCGUUCUUGUGUAGAUAUUUAAUUAGCUGUUCAUCUUGAUGUAAGUUUUCUUUUGAACUGGAUUUCACAGGUAAAUAUUUGAAGGGUGCCCACCAUGGCAAUCAUCAAGCACCCCCAAACCACUCUGUACCUUCUUUUUCAGGUUUCAAGGAGCAUGUGAAUGGCACAGAAGUUGCAGAGAUGAAAUAAUGAAGGCGCCAUGUAGCAACGAAACAUGUUAUAAGUAUACAGUAAGUGAUAUGGAAGAAAUAGCAUAAAAUCUACAUUUUCUAUCUUUGCCAAAAUAUAAAAAUAAAAAACUUUCAUUUUGAUGAUCUAAAAAAACAAGGAAAGAUAAAAAUCAGCAUCUAUCUAACUAUAGUCAAUCCAUUCCCAUGUCAUUUUUAUUUUAAGCAAUUAGAUCCUUUAAUGGAAUCCCCUCAAUUUCCCUUCGCGGAUUUAGCACUGGUUUUUACUAUUUAGAGAGAGAAUAGGAAAUUACACUAAUGGAGGAGAAACUCUCUCAACUCAACUCACAGACCCUCAAAUCUUUUCCCUGAAAAUCUUCCCUUGCUAUCCAUUUUGAUUUGCAGCUGUUUGUCUCCAUUCAUGAACAGUGAUAGCGCUAGAGCAUUUUGAUUUUGGUUGAUUAUGUAAAGUAUAUUUAACGUAUUUUUCCCAUACUUCUACCAUUUGUAUACAUAAAUGUAAUGAAGUGGCAAUUAAAUGUUAUGAAAGGAAAUAAAAUCCUGAAGCCGAAGACAAACGGGCUACACGUUAAGUGGGAGCAUGCAUGACUCCCUCAUAAUCUGCCAUGGAAUUGGAAAUUAUGUAACGAAGGGAAUAAGUUAUGGCUUCCCUCCUUUUACAUUUUGUUAUGUUCGACAAGCAUAUCACACUCUAAUCUUAUCCGACAA